GUUACGCUAGCCAUCCUCGUUCUUUCCAAUAAGCGAUUCCCGCCAUCUUAACCCGCUGAAACUACCAUGUCUGAAAUAGCAAUUCCAGGCGGAUUAAAGCCCAAAAGUGAGCCAAAAGAAGAAAGUAAGAGUAGUACCAGUUAUGCUACAAAAUCAGUUGAGUUCUGGGUGUCAGAGAAAGGUGUUUAUGAACGAAGACGGAUUGUUUGUCAAACAGAAAAUGGUCCUUGCCCCAUUAUUGCCUUGAUAAAUUGUCUUGUAUUGAAAUCAACUCCGGCAAAGGAAUUCAAGCUGCCAGAAAAGAAGCGCCUUACGGAAGAGCAAUUGAACGCGCUUCUCGUACAAUAUGCAGAGCAAUACAAUCUCGGAAACGUGAAGGAUGAUAAGUCUGCGAUGGACAACUUACAAAACAAUCUUGCUACAAUGCAUUUUGGACAACAACUGAAUCCAUGUUUAUUCGACGUACAGAAAUUUGCCUACGGGGACGAAGUAUUUCGUCUCUUUGACAUACGUCUUGUCCACGGCUGGAUUUUAUCACAAGAGGACCUUAACGCAAACGAAGAAGGGACAUUCGAGCUGCUGCAAAAAAUUCCUUAUUAUGAGGAGAUUGCUGACAAACUUGUGGAAAGAAGUACGCUUCUGGAAAGCUCUGAUACUGAGGAACUUUCUGAGGAACAACUGGAUUUCCUGCAGAAGUCAUCUGUCAUUGCAGACGUGAUGAUGAACCGGUAUUCGAAACAAUUUCUGACACAUGCUGGUAUUAGUAAAAUUCUUGAGCAUGUUGCACCAGGUGAAGUACUGGUUCUGUUUCGUUCCAAUCAUUUCAGCACACUCUUCUCUCAUCCGGAAUCGUUGUCGCUGUUUACUCUUGUUACGGAUUCAGGUUAUAUUAAUGCAGGUAACGACGUUGUAUGGGAAACAUUUGAUGAUCAGGUUGUUGAAACGGGAAACGGGGAACUCUGCUCAGCACACUUUGUCCCCACUGUGCUAAUUAUUCAACGGCGCAAAGAAGCGAACCGUUCUCAAGAAGCUCGGGACAAACUAUAUGCUAAGCAGCUUCAGCAGAAAGAGAACCAACGGGAGUCUCGGACGAAAACAUCAAAGCAGCAACACCCUCCUACUCGACCAAAGGUUUCUUCUACAAACAAGCAUUCUUCUCGGAAAAAAGAAGAAUUGAAACCUUGUAUUAUUUCCUAAACAUCCAUCUAGCUGUGUUAAUGAAGGACAAUGCACAUUAAUGUUCUAUUUAUACAAAUAUUUGAAUCUGAGAACCCGCAGAAACCAUCCAUCCUUUUUCAUCCCUCGAGGUGUCGUUAAACCAUGUACUUGACGAUGCUGAAAUUUGAUCCGGUGAAUUGAGAACAUGUUCCGUGUUGAAAAGUGGAUCCUCUAGUGACCAGAAACGGACAACAUUCUUUUCUCCAGCUGCUAGAAUUGUCGUGUUUGUCUCAUCAACCGACAAAGGUGUCACCCGUUGAUACUCAUUUCCAUAACCCACAUACUGAACAAGUGGUUCGGACUUGUGUUCUCGAAUAAAUCUCAGAUCGUAUAAUGCCAUUUUACAAUCUAAUCCACAAACUAUUAUCUUUGGUUGAGAGGGUGUGACAACUCUCAUAUUGCAUACGCUUGAAACAUGGCGACACAAAACAGCAGCUCGACGACGGUUUGACUGCCUUGUAUCUAUUGCCAAGACAUUUCUGUUUCGCAAACCUGCAUAUAACAUUGCGGUAUUGGCAUCGUGCAUACCCUGAAGAGAAAAUACUUCACUUUUUGUAUGUAAAAUAUUUGACAUGGAUUGCGCAUGCGCAUCGAAUAAAGCAAUUCGAUUGCACCCUCCCAGAGCAAAUGAGUUUGAAGAGCGAAUUUUAUAGCUGCAUUGAAUAUCUGCUAUGAGCUCAGUGCUCACAGUUGUUAAUGAUUGCACUUCUAGUUCAUUAAGGAAGUUAACUCGUGAAAAAAACGCCUUGCUUGAGGCGUUUCCGGAAGCUUUCGUUGUCCAAAAUGCAUUCCCAUCUUCAGAAAUUUGUACGGAUGAAAUGCCCGUUUGCGAAAAACUUAGAUCGAAGGCGCUCAACGAUAACCGGGUUGUCUCUGGAUCCGUACUACGUAACUCCUCUAAUAUUUUCGUCGCACAAACAAGACCGGCUUGUGUACCCACGAGAAGAAUUUCAGAGGAUGUUUCCGGAGUAGCCAUAUGUGUAAUGGAAUCUUGUGGAGUCAUAUUACUGAAUUGUACUGUACUCUUAGUGUCUAAAAACUUUGUUUGUAUGCGCUCUUUGCACAUGGUACCGCCUAGACUCCUGUUAAGCAACAUUGAGUACAUUGUUGGAGGGGGUUUUUUGUUUUUCUUCUCUUCUUGCCGCUUCACUUGAUUUGCCUUUCGCUUCCGCUUCUGCUCUCGUCCAACCUGACGAACAUGUUGUACUGUGUACUCCAUGCUGCUAGGAUUGGCCUGUGUUGCGGAUUGCAAACGAAAAUACCUAUUUCUUGCUUCAUCGAAAACAAAACCUGGAAUAUGAGGAGCAACCAUUAUUGACCCGCAAAAGGAUCUAUUUGAGAGCCUUACUCAGUUUUAAACACUUAAUUGCAGCAAGGAAUCGUUUCGGAACACCUUUAAGGGAAUAAUUGUAAAAUAAUAGUACUAAACAUCCACAAAUCCUCGUCCCCGUCGGUGAAGGGUGUUAGAGGAAAAAUUAUUUCAGUAUAUGCUAGCGAUUGAGUGUUACAAGCAUAGAAAAAUGUAGAAUUAGAGUAGAACACCUCAGAAAGGAUGAACAGGAGGACGAUGCUUAGCUUUCGUUUUGUUUUAGUGAAGCUGUUUUAACGUGCCUGAAGAUGUAGCAACAACACACGGUAUUAUUCGCUUAGACAUAUGGUACACGAUAAACGAGUAAAAGGUAUACUAACGGGAGAGUUUCCGUCGCACUUACUCAAACGUUUUAAGUGCUGCUUCCAAAACCUCACGAGCAAACUUUACUUUAACUUGAUGUCUAGCAGAGCCAAGAGCUCCAAGUUGGGUUAUGUUGGCCUGAAUGUUCUGAAGGACGGGCUGAACAAGGGAGUCAGUGAGUGUUUUGCUUUCCACUUGAAGAGCACGGAACUGGAAGAAGGCAUGCACAAUGCAAGACACUCGAAGAACGGACAAGUCAUCGUCUUCAUCAACAUCCAACCCUAGCUUAGAC